AUGGAUUUCGGAAUAGGGCCGGAAGGCUCAUUUAUGAAUUCGGAUGUGUUCAACGUCAAUGAUAUCGCUGAAAUCGAAGAUUUUCUCAGUGGAUGCGACGGUGAUUUUAUGAAAACCCUUGAAGAUGAGUUGUCUCGUGUUGAUGAUCACCCGCUUCUAAGUGUUGAUACUAAAAUUAAGUCCGAACUACCAUCACAACCCCAAUUGUCACCAUGCUUCAAUUAUAUUGGAAAUCCUGUGGUGUCACAGUAUACCCACAGAGCCAAAGCAAAUUUAAUAAGCACUCCACAACCUAAGAGUAGUCCUGUACAAGCUGCGACUUCAAGAGAAGACAUUUAUAAUUUGCCCGUUAAUGAUGGUGCACCACUGCCGGAUGUCACGCAGCAUGGACGUCGAAGAGUGCCUGCACAAACCCCCAUGAUUGUGCAGCAGGUAGUCCAGAGUCCUGUUUAUGUAAAUUUGGCGCCAAAUGUGCAACAGAUCCCAGAUGGCCGGCAACCCUUAAUGCACAUGGAUACUGGAACUACACAAAUAACGCAGCCAGCUAAAACGAAACCUGCGAACCAACCAUUGCUAAUACAGAACAAUACCAAAGGAGUGACACCGCUUAUUCUAAAAACGUCUGAUGCAAGUUUUUCUCCAGUUGUGUUGCAAUCUAAUAUCAUUAACCCAGAGACUCAAACAUUCAUGUACACCAGUGCACCUGUACAAGGUACCACACAGGGCAUCAUCACAAAUGCUAAAACAAAUACUGAAAACCGUCCCUUACAGUUUUUUACCAGUAAUAAUGGCCCAACACUUUUAACGGGAAUACCAGUAGUUCUAGAAGGUGAAAAGAUUACUCUAAGUCAGGCUCCGAAUAUGGGAGUGCCGAAGGUUAAGGAAGUGAAACGUAGUGCGCACAAUGCUAUAGAGAGGCGGUACAGAACUAGUAUUAACGAUAGAAUAGUAGAACUUAAGAAUAUGCUUGUCGGAGAAGAAGCGAAAUUGAACAAAUCAGCUAUUUUAAGGAAAACUAUAGAAUAUAUUAAGUACCUUCAGAAUCAGAAUACUCGUUUAAAACAAGAGAACAUGGCUCUGAAGCAAGCGUUCCAGAAGUCUGGAGUGAAGGAACCAAUGUUCGAUGUGACAUACACACCUCCGCACAGUGAUAUCUCAUCACCGUCCAGUUCACCGCAUGGAUUUGACAGUGAUUCACCUUCAUCGCCUGAGUGCAAGGUUGAAGAUAAGUACUCGAAUUCUAAGAUUGUCAUGGGUAUGGGCGAUCAUUCCCGGUUAGCAUUAUGUGCUUUCAUGGUCGGUUUGAUAGCAUUUAACCCGUUCAGCACCUUCUUUGGAAACUAUAUGUUGGAGUCUACAGUCACAGAUUUCUCUGCAAGAGUUGAUCAAAGAAAAAUAUUGGCUGAUGAUGAUUUUGGUUCUACAGGAAUUACGUGGGGUACAUGGCUAUUCAGUACUUUCUUCAUAUAUCUAAUCAACUUUUUCAUACUGGGAGGCUGUCUGAUAAAGUUGCUAGUGUAUGGAGAUUCCGUACCGAAGUCGCAAUCUAAAGAAGCCGGUCUAUUUUACAAACAUAAACGGCAAGCUGACAACUUUUUGAAAAAAGGUGACUUAGAAAACGCUCGGUUGGAACUGCAUCGAAGUUUAGCGGUUUGUGGGAAGAGUGUUCAAGCAGGUGGACAGGGCCAAGCGAAGUACUCCGCCCUCACUGCCGCGGUUCUAAGGCAGUUAUUGCAGAGACUUCCCUUUGGAUCCUUUCUUGCACGGCGCGCUGGGGAUUUGUGGAGUGAUAGUCCCUCAAGAAGAGCUACAAAACAUUGGGCUGCAGAAGUAUCGACAGUAUCCCAUAGGCUUGCACAGUUAGAGAUACUUUCAAGUCACAGUGGCAGGAGUGAACGAGUGCUCUUAGCUCUCCAAGCUGUUAACUUAGCUGAAGUGACGGGCAAUAGGCACCUGUUGGCUGAUACUUACGUGACCGCUGCGCUAGUGUUCAAGGACUAUAUGCCUAAGUUCGGCAAUUGGUUGUGCGGCUACUACUUAAGCCUAUGUCGUGGUUGGACGGACUCGCUGUCGGAGUGGCCGGUGCGCCUGCGCUGGGUGGGCAGCGGGCGCGGCAUGCGGUUCCUGCGCGCGCGGCGUUGGACGUACGAGCGGAACCCCCCCGCCGCCGCACUCUUCUGUCGACUGCCUGAUCCUGCUGACCCGUUGGCUUAUGCUAUGAGGGCGUAUCACUUGGAACUACUUCAGAAGAGCCUACAAAUGCUUCUCUGUGCUGACGAGCGCAGUAACACGCGCGAUGUACUGGAACUUAUCAAGUUGAUCACUGAUGACGUGUCCACGGAUGCGCCACAUCAUACAGUUGAUAUUCACCGACCAGGUUGUUGGGACCCCGUGAUGGAGUGGUGGGCGAACAUCGUAGGUGUCGCCGCUACCUGGUUGCUGGCCGACACUGGCAAAGCCGUGGAGAUCGGCGACCGUCUCAACAUGUUGCCUGAACCUCUUGCUAACUGCGAAGAUCCUUUGCCAGGGGCAUUGCAUAUGGCAUACAAAAGCCGCCGCGGCUUGUUGAGCCUCGCUCAGUGUCGAGAUGAACGCUCGUUCGAGAGGACCGCUGAAACCAUACUCAAGGUGUGCGACAUCGCUGGAACCAGACUAGCGGAUUCCCUAGCCUACUACUGUUGCAGAAAACCAACGCAACUUAUGUUGCUGAUGCAGGUGCUAUGCUGUGACUGGGUGCUGGAGGUCCGCGCGGGCGUGUGGGAGGCGGCCGGCGCCAGGCAAACUGACGGCUUCUGCGCACCGCACGCACAACUGCGCGCAUUCCAACGAGAUCUGCAUUCCUUGAGACGGAUCUCGCAGAAUUUACCAUGGGUGACGUCGCGUGUGUUCCUGCAAUCUGCAGUGUGUCGUAUGAUGGCGGGCGCGGCACCGCGACGUACUCAACAACUACUUGACGGUAGCCUUAGACCCAGGCUUAAUCGAUCUUCUAUUAUUUGUGGAAAAGAGCGAGCCCUAGAAGGCGGCGGCGGUGACGGAGAGCGCGCGGUGGCACUGUACAUGGCGUGCAAGCACUUACCGGCUGCAGUAUUAGCCGCGCCCGGGGAGCGAGCCGGUAUGCUCGCCCAGGCGGCAGCCACGCUGCAGAAAAUAGGACAUAGAAGCCGCCUACCCCACUGCUAUCACCUCAUGAAGUCCAUAGGAACCAUGCCCUCGGCACCCUAA